GCAGGUAAUCAAAGGUCCAAGGUUUAGAAAAAUGCUGAGCAUUUAUUGUCAGAAACUUUGGUAGCAGUCAGGAGUGAGCAGCAGCAGUCUGACUCUGGCAUGAUGGGAAGAUUCACAGCGGUAAAAUUUGUCCUGCUGGUUUCGUGCAUCUGCAGGACUUCAGUACAAAAUCCAGGACCUGGUACAUGUGAAGAAUACUGUGGGGGAGUAACAGUCUUGUGUUCAUGCCACCCCACGUGUGAAUCUCUGAAGACCUGCUGUGCAGAUUAUAAAGACUACUGUGUGAGCACCCUUCCAUAUUCUGGGACCAUUUUGGGUGGAACAGAUUUUGUUGUCCUUGAUACAACUUUCAGUGCGAGCUCGGAGGUUGUAUGCCGGUUUGACAAUAGUGUUGAUACUGUGGGGUAUGUGGAUAGCACCAGGAGAGGCCAUUGUAUCUCCCCAACGUUAUAUGAAACAGGAUGGGUUUCUUUGCACAUCUCCUCAGAUAACGGUACUACAUUCACUAGAACUGGAUCCUGGCUCUCAGUUCACACCGGCAAAUUGGAUUCUAAAUUCAAGGCAAUUCUGGUCAACGCAACAAAAUGGCAGUACUACGGCACACCUAACGUUGGAGGCUCUCUGGAGAUGACAUGGGACACCUCUUUAGUCAGAGCGGACAGAGUCAACAUCGAGCUCUGGGGAUACAGCGAGACAGGGGAGCCCUAUUCACAAAACUGGCAGGGCAGAUGGGAGUAUCUGUACUCACUUGCAAAGAAUCAAUCCAACAGUGGCUCCUUCAAGUUUGUGCCACGACCAGCAGGAAAUUUUUCAAGAUGGGAGCUCGGAUCUGUGCGCGUCAGCUCCAGCAUCUACCCUGAUGGCAUGUGGAAUGUCCAAGCUGCUUGGACUGAAGAUCACGCUCUGGCCUGGCAUCUGGAGGAGCAGUUCAGGCUGGACUCGGCAGGCUGGGCUCUGGAGAAAUGUUUAGCGUGGGACCAGCUGGAAGAAAUGCUGCCCAACUUCCUCGAUGAGAUCAUAGACUGUCCUUGCACCUUGGCUCAAGCCAGAGCAGACACCGGGAGGUUUCACACCGACUAUGGCUGUGAUAUAGAGAAAGGAAGCGUUUGCACCUACCACCCUGGGAGUGCUCACUGUGUGAGGGCGAUACACGCCAGCCCAUUGUCUAAAUCAGGACAGCAGUGUUGUUAUGACAAGACUGGCGUUCAGGUCCUGACAGAGGACUCAGUCGGGGGCAGCACUCCAGACCGAGCACACGAUUGGGGCGCACCUCCCUUCAAGAAACCUCCUCGGAUCCCCGGACUGUCCCACUGGAUCUAUGACGUCCUCAGCUUCUACUACUGCUGCCUCUGGUCUGACAACUGCAAUUACUACUUCAAACAUCGGCCCUCCAGCGACUGCAGACGUUACCAAUCACCCAGUUCAGCUGUGGUGUUCGGAGAUCCCCACUUCAUAACAUUUGACGGUGUCAGCUACUCCUUCAAUGGCAAAGGAGAAUACACUUUGGUGACUUCAGAGUACACACAGCUGGUAAUCCAGGGCAGAACAGAGCCUGUGGAAGGAACCUCGCUAAAAGCCACAACGAUGACAUCUGUAGUCAUGAAAGAACCUCUCUCUGAUACUAUUGAGGUGCGGUUGGCCAACGGUCACAAAAGCCUCGAAGUGCUGCACAAUCAAAGAACUCUUUCCUUCUCUGAGCAGAGCUGGAUGGACAUCCGCGGGGUGUUUGUAUUUUGUCCCACCUCUACCAAUGUGACCGUGAUGUUCGGCUCUGAAGCCGGAGUGGAAGUGCGACUGAGAGAAGGAACCAUGACGACCACCGUGCUCCUGCCAGAGGAGUUUAAAAACUCCACUCGAGGACUGUUGGGAACGAUGAACGGUGACGCCAAAGAUGACCUCCUUUCCAGCAGCGGUCAGCUCAUCCAGGACUACAGCAAUCCAGAGGAAGUGUUCAAGUUUGGGGCGAGCUGGGCUGUACUAAAUGAAUCUGCCUUGUUCACAUAUGACUCAGAAUACCUUCUGACUGAGUAUAAGUACGUUCCCAGACACGACAGCACAUUUGUUCCACAGUUUACAGUCCCUGAGAACCCUGAUGAUCCACUGGCCAAUCUGACAGCUGAGAUAUGCUCUGGAGACGGUUCUCAGUUCUGCAGGUAUGAUAUCCUGGUAGGUCGUAGUCCACAGAUGGGAAAUGCCACUAAAGUGUCCUUCCAGAGUCACGUUUCUCUUGUGAAUGAUCUGAAACCAGUGAUAACCUGUGGGUGGAUUUCACCACCGACUAAUGGGACAAAGGAGGGAACCACCUACCUACUAGGGGCCGUGGUGAAGUUUUCCUGUGACUACGGCUACACUCUGAAAGGAUCGGCAGAGCGAACGUGCCAGGAGAAUGGCCAGUGGUCUGGAGAGGAGGCAACCUGCGUGAUUCCCCGUAUGAAUAAAUGAUGAAAUCAAUAAAAAAAAUGCUAUUCUGAUCUUCACAAA